AUGGCGAACACGCUGCUGAGGCUUCUGGGAGUUCUGCUAUGCGCGCUGGCCGCCCUUGCAGAAGUGGUCCCGGUUUCCGACUUCGACCUGGCCAAGAUGGCUGGGAAAUGGCACAUCAUUGGGUUUGCCACUAACUCCGAAUGGUUUGUGAAUCAUAAAGCUGACAUGAAGAUGGGGACCUCAAUUGUGACCCCAACUGAGGGAGGAGACAUGGAUCUGUCCUAUGCCAACCUCAAGGAUGACGGGACCUGCUGGAGAAUGACUCACUUGGCCAAGAAAACAGAGACACCAGGACGCUUCACUUUCCACAGUCAAAGGUGGAACAAUGACAACGACAUGCGCAUUGUGGAUGUUGUUUAUGACAACUAUGUUUUGAUCCACACCAUUAAGACCAAGGACGGAGUGUCUGAGGUCCUCAAUAAACUUUACGGUCGUAAUACCCAAGUCAGUGAAGAUUUGCAUCAGAAAUUCAGACAGUUCUCUCUGGACACUGGUGUACUGGCCGACAAUAUUGUGUUUCUGCCUCUGAGUGCCGAGUGUGCAUCCGUCUAA